AUGCAAGGCACAUCAGAGACACAAGAAGACUUUGAGAAAGCAGUCAAUCAGGGAGUAUUAUACAUCGUCUAUCUGUUCAUUGCCAGGCUCAUCUUGACAUACCUCUCCAAUCUCGGCUUCCGCAUGACGAGUCUUCGCAUCUCAGCAAAGAUUCGCCUACACUACCUACGAUGCUUGUUCAACCUCCCAAUCUCAAUGCUAGACAUGUUGGCGCCUGGUCAGACAGCCGCCAUCAUUACCAUCACCGCAAGCAUCUUGCAGCUGGGUAUCUCCGAGAAGAUGGGGCAAUUCUUCUCUAGUCUUGCAGUCGUCAUUGCAGGAUUUACCAUCGCUUUCGCCUACAACUGGCUUCUCACGCUAACGACGAGCUCCGGACUGGUCUUCAUCGCCAUCGUGUACGCCAUCACCACGCCGCCAAUCAUCAAGAGGUUAAAGGAUGUCCAGGACAUGGACAUCCAGGCCGCCUCCGUCGCGACCGAGGCUUUCAGCUCAAUCCGAAUGCUUGCUGCAUGCGGUGCCGAGUUCAAGUUGCUUGCAAAGUACGGAAUAUUGGCAGAUCAGUCACGGAAGAGGGGUGCUGGUAUGGCUUGGCUCAUUGCGGUUCAGCAAGGAUUGAUUUUCUUCGCCAUCUACGCAACCUUCGCUCUGUCAUUCUGGUACGCUUUCCAGAUGUACACUAUGAUGGCCCUGACGACUCCCACAUCCUUGAUCGUUGUCCUUCUCUGCAUCAUGAUGAUGGCCUCCUCCUUAGGUCAAAUCACUGCGCCACUACAGUCCGCAUCGCAGGCCGCCGACGCCAAUGCCAUCUUCCACACCAUCAUAGACGCCCCCAAGGCUACGUACGGAACGCUCAAGGCCCCCGAGGUCUCGGCCGCCGAAGACAUUGUUUUCCAGGCCGUCAACUUUGUGUACCCCAAGCGUCCUGACGUGAAGAUCUUGGACAACCUGUUUCUCACGUUCCCUGCCGGCAAAGUCACUGCCAUUGUGGGUCCUUCGGGUUCCGGAAAAAGUACAAUCGUCGGCAUUUUGGAGAGAUGGUACGAGUUCAAUGGUGACAUGCAGACUAACCAACUGGUUCUCUGGCUCCGCAACGGUAUCAUCAGUGUCGGCGGCCGGUUACUCAGCGAGAUUGAUCCCAAGUGGUGGCGUAGCCAAAUCGGCUUGGUCCAACAAGACAACGCUCUCUUCAACACUACUAUCUUCAAGAACGUCGAGUACGGUCUCAUCGGAACUGAAUGGGAGCACAAGUCCCAGGCGGUUAAGGCAAGGUUGAUUGAAGAGGCAUGCAAGGAUGCCUUUGCCGAUGAAUUCAUCUCACGUUUGCCAGAGGGAUACCAAACUGAACCCAAGAUCCUCAUCCUCGACGAGGCCACCUCCGCCAUCGAUGUCCGUAGCGAACAGAUCGUGCAGGCCGCUCUCGACCGCGCAUGCAAGGGACGCACAACCAUCAUCAUCGCCCAUCGUCUCGGAACCAUCAAGAAGGCCGACAACAUCAUUCUCCUCCGCAAGGGCCAGGUCGUCCAGCAGGGUACGCACGAAGAGCUCAUGUCUCAAGUCGACGGUCCUUACCACCUGCUGGCUACUGCACAGAAGCUCGACAUGGGCGUCGAAGAGGAAGAGGACGUCCUCUUUGGUGACCUCAGCUGGAGACGACCCGAGCCUGAGCGUCUUUCCGUCCACAAGUCUCUUCAGGGAGGCAGCAGUACCGGGGAUCUCACCGAGAAGCGACCCAGCAGCGAGGGCACUUCCACGGGCAUGCUUCAACAUCUCCACGAGAUCAACGGUUCUGAUGAGGAGCUCGAGCGCAUCGAAGCCGGUAGCUUGAGAGUUGUCAAGGAGCCAAGAGGAUGUCUUGGUAGAUGGAGAGCAUUCCACAUGUUCGGUAGCUUCGGUCAGCUGCUCGGCGAGCAGAGGAAGAGAUGGAAGACGUACAUCAUCAUUGCGUUUGCAGCACUCGGUGCUGGAGCGAGUACCCCUGUUCAAGCUUACCUUUUCGCGGUUCUGGUUUCUCUCUUCUCUUACUGGGGCAACUUCCUGAGAGUCAUCGCCAACCAUUGGUGUGAGAUGUUCAUGUACCUCGCCACAGGUGUGGGAGUCAGUCAUUUCCUGCUCGGCUGGGCAACCACCACAAUCGGCUUCGGUAUUGUACGCGUUUACCGCAAGGAGUACUUCCGCAACAUCAUCUACAAACCUUCCUCAUUCUUCGAUGCUGAGGGCAACUCUGCCGGUUCCCUGACCGCCCGCCUCGCCACCGAUCCUACCAUGCUGCAGCAGCUCCUGGGCACAAACAUGGCUUUCGUUCUCAUCUCGCUGUUCAACGUCAUUGGCUGCGUUGUCGUUGGUCUCGUCUUCGGCUGGAAGCUUACCCUCGUCGCGCUCGGCACAUCCAUGCCUAUCAUCGUGGCAGCCAUGUUCUACCGUGUGAGGCACGAGACCAGCUUCGAGACCGCCAACAAUGCCGUCUUUGCCGAAAGUGCCAAGUUUGCGUCGGAGAGCAUCAGUGCGAUCCGCACCGUUUCCAGUCUUACGAUGGAAGACGGAAUUUGCGACCGCUACGAUAACUUGCUCAAGGAUCACAUCAAGGAUGCUUUCCGCAAGUCUCGCUUUUCCGUCAUGGUCUUCUCUUUCAGCGAUAGUAUUUCGCUGCUUUGCAUGGCUUUCGUGCUUUGGUACGGUGGCAAGCUGCUUGCCGGGCACGAGUAUACGCCCUUCCAGUACAUGGUUGUAUACAUUGCGGUUGUUCAAGGUGGCAUGAGCGCCGGUCAAUGGCUCAGCUUUGGUCCCAGUAUGUCCCCCUCCACGUCCCACACGUGA